AUGGUCACUCAAUCAGCAGCUUCCACUUCGCACCCCUCCGAGCUCGCUCAACCUAUCAACAAAACCGCCCAUGAGUUCGACAAGACCGCUUUAGAUGCGUUGUUGGCGAGGAGGUUCUUCUUCGCUCCUGCCUUUGAGAUCUAUGGAGGUGUCGCCGGUCUCUAUGAUUACGGACCUACCGGAUCAGCCUUACAGGCCAACGUUCUUGACGCAUGGAGAAAACACUACAUCAUCGAAGAGGAUAUGUUGGAAUUGGAUACUACCAUUAUGACUUUGUCGGAGGUACUCAAAACUUCAGGUCAUGUUGAUAAAUUCGCCGAUUGGAUGGUCAAAGACGUCCAGACCGGAGAGAUCUUCCGAGCGGACCAUCUGGUCGAGGCUGUCAUUGAAGCUAGGCUGAAAGGUGAUAAAGAAGCUAGAGGUGUAAAGGAUGAACCGGUAGUGGAGGAAGAUGAUAAGAAGAAAAAGAAGAAGAAGAACGUUAAAUCGGUGGCUAUCAAGUUGGAUGAUGAGGUUGUUGCUGAGUAUGAAAGUCUGUUGGCUCAGAUCGACAACUACACCGGUCCAGAACUCGGUGAACUCGUACGAAAACAUAACAUCCGAAACCCUGCUACCGGUAACGAACUCUCCGAACCUGUAGAAUUCAACCUUAUGUUCGAGAGUAACAUCGGUCCUACCGGUCAGAUCAAGGGUUACCUCCGACCUGAAACCGCCCAAGGUCAUUUCGUAAACUUUGCUCGAUUGUUGGAAUUCAACAAUGGUAAAGUCCCAUUCGCAUCUGCCCAAAUCGGUAGAUCGUUCAGAAAUGAAAUUGCCCCAAGACAAGGUUUACUUCGAGUCAGAGAAUUCACGAUGGCCGAAAUUGAACAUUACGUUGAUCCCCUUGAUAAACGACAUGCAAGAUUCAACGAAGCGAAAGAUGUUGUUUUGACCUUGUUACCUAAAGAUAUCCAGAGUGAAGGUAAGACCGAUACCACACAGAUGACUGUUGGAGAUGCUGUUGCGAAGAAAAUCGUCGAUAAUGAAACUCUCGGUUACUUCCUCGGUCGAACACAGCUUUUCUUGCAGAAGAUUGGUAUCGACCCAAAGAGGAUGAGAUGUAGACAACACAUGGCUAAUGAGAUGGCGCACUACGCAGCUGACUGCUGGGACUUUGAAAUCCAAUCGUCAUACGGAUGGAUCGAAUGUGUAGGAUGUGCCGAUCGAUCCGCCUACGACUUGACCGUUCAUUCAGUCCGAACCAAACAACCAUUGAGAGUACAACAGAAAUUAGACCAACCUAGAAAAGUUGAGAAAUUAGAUGUUCAAUUUGAUGCUAAGAAAUUCGGUAUGACUUUCAAGAAGGAUGCGACGAUGAUCAAAGAUACUUUGUUGGGCUUGGAGAAAGAUAAGUUGCAGUGUAUCAAAGAUGAAUUGGUGAAUGGCAAAUCAUCAGUCAAAUGUGCUGACGGAAAAUCAUACGACAUCACAUCUGACCUCGUGAAGAUUGAGCCUAUCACCGUUACCGAGCACAUGCGAGAGUUCACCCCUAACGUCAUUGAACCUUCAUUCGGUAUCGGUCGAAUCUUGUACUCUUUGCUCGAACACUCUUACUGGGCCCGAGAACAAGAUAAGGCACGAGGUGUACUCUCCCUUCCCUCUGUCGUCGCUCCUAUCAAAUGUCUAAUUGUCACCAUCUCCCAAGAUGCUGAAUUGAGAGCUAAGAUUCAUGAGAUCUCCCGAAAGAUGAGAAGAAUCGGUAUUGCCAGUCGAGUUGACGACUCAUCCGCUUCGAUCGGUAAGAAGUACGCAAGGAAUGAUGAAUUGGGUACACCUUUCGGAUGUACCGUAGAUUUCGCCACCAUCCAAAAAGGAACCAUCACAUUGAGAGAACGAGAUUCGACCAAUCAGCUGAUCGGUCAAGUCGACGACGUUAUCGCUGUAGUAGACCAAUUGGUCAAAGGUACGAUCGACUGGAAAGGUGCCACGGAGCAGUUGGAAUCUUAUAGUGGUGUUCAGGAUGUUGAGGAGUAA